AAUUUAAAGAAGAGAACGUGAAAAUAACAUGAAACAUUUGAAUUCGCUUUGCUUAUAAUCUGUAGAACGGCUAUAUAAAUACGCAUGUACUUUACAAGUCAUUCAGUGCCAAUAUUUCGAGAAGAAGUAAAUCAAAAGAUAUAAAUUGCGUUGAAGAUAACAACAACUUUGCGAUCAGAAAUUGUGAAAUUGUUUGAAAUGGUUCCAUUAGCUCCAAAAAUUAAACUAAGUAAUGGUAUGGAGAUUCCAACAAUCGGUCUCGGCACUUGGCGGUCGCAUGAAUCAGACGCAGAGCGUUCAGUGAAAGAUGCUAUAGACAUAGGUUACAGACAUAUCGACACAGCAUUCGUAUAUGAAAAUGAAAAGGAAGUUGGUCGAGCUAUCAAUGCAAAAAUUGGUGAAGGUAUCAUUAAUCGUAAAGACAUAUUUGUAGUGACAAAAUUGGGUGGCAUUCAUCACAAUCCACAAUUAGUGGAACAUGCUUGCCGCAAGAGUCUCUCCAACCUGGGAUUAAAUUACAUCGAUUUAUACCUGAUGCACUUCCCUGUAGGUCAAAUUCACAAAGGUGACGAUAAUGUACACGGGACUUUGGAGCUUUCCGACGUAGACUACCUCGAUACUUGGCGAGCUAUGGAAAAGUUAGUGGAUUUGGGCUUAGUAAGCGGCAUUGGGCUUUCUAACUUUAAUGAGCAACAAACCGACCGUAUACUACAAGUAUGUCGUAUUCGUCCUUUAGUCAAUCAGGUAGAGUGUCACCCAGGUUUUAAUCAAAAAAAGUUGAUUACAUUUUCGAAGGAGCGUGACAUUAUUAUUACGGCAUAUUGCCCAUUAGCGAGACCCAAGCCGGAUCAACAAUGGCCACCAUUCCUUUACGAUGCUACUGUUAAGGAUUUAUCCAAAAAAUAUGGAAAGACACCAGCACAAAUAUGUCUACGUUAUCUGGUACAGUUGGGCACUAUACCGAUUCCAAAAUCCGUAUCUAAAAAUCGUAUAGCAGAAAAUUUUGCAAUUUUCGAUUUUGAAUUAAGCGACGAAGAUAUGAAAAUAAUUGAUAGCUACAACACAGGUCAACGAUUGAUACCUUUUUCUGGUAUGAGCCAGCACAAAUACUUUCCAUUCAAUUCCGUCGCAUAGCAGCAGUUUAUACAUUUAUAAUUGCUUAAUAAAUACAAAUAUUGUACAUAUUUAUUUUGAUCAAAAUCGUAUGAUUUAAAUAAAUGUAUACUUACAUACAUACAUACAUGAUUAUAUAUAUAUGUACGUAUUUCGACAA